AAUCUUAACGGAAAAGCUGCAGGUAGGAUCGGCAUGAUCGCUAUCGGUUACUACAUCUUCACCACCAUUGUUGCCACCGUUGUCGGCAUCAUCCUCGUCAUCUCAAUCAGACCAGGUGAUGUUAUCAGCAAUGGCGCCAUCACAGUCAAGUCCUUAGACGCUACUCCAUCGCAAUCUACCAGAGAUGUGUUCCUGGACUUAGCAAGGAAUAUCUUCCCUGAAAACAUAGUACAAGCAACGUUUGAAACGAGUGGUACCGUGUAUGUGAAGAUGGACAAACCAGUGGACAGGCGCACUGUUAUCCAAAAAAAUGGAAACAGAUCCAGCAAUAAUGAUACAGAUCCAAACACAGAUGGACGAUGGACACCAACGUCUGUCUACAGGCCAGGAAUGAACACGUUAGGUAUAUUAUGCUUCUUCGUAAUUUUUGGAGUUAUCCUUGGUCGACAUGGAGAAAAGGGAAAGAUCGUGUUGCAGUUCUUCGUAACUCUGAAUGAUAUAACUAUCCAAAUGGUAUGGAUAGUAAUGUGGUAUUCACCAGUCGGGAUAAUGUUUCUGAUCAUAGGGAAGGUGUUAUCAGUGGAGGAUAUGGCUAGCACGGCCAGGCAACUUGUCGUCUAUUUAACCACUAUUAUAGCUGGCGCAAUCAUCCAUGUGCUGAUACUCUUACCUCUUUUAUAUUUUGUCUUAACCAAGAAGAACCCGUUCAGAAUCUUCAGAGGAAUACCAGAGGCAGUCGUGACGGCUCUUGCCAUUGCUUCCAGCUCUGCCACACUACCUGUAACUAUACGGUGCUGCGAGGAGAACCUGAAGAUUAAUAAUGCCAUCACUCGCUUCGUGCUUCCACUCGGGGCAACGAUCAACAUGGAUGGAACUGCAAUCUUUUAUGUGGUAUCGGUUGUCUACAUUGCCCAGAUGCACGCAAUAUCCCUUCAUUUCUUCGAGAUGAUUCUGCUGAGUCUGUGUACAGUUUUGACAAGUGUGGGUGCUGCAGGAAUCCCAAAUGCUGCUAUAGUGACACUGAUUGUCAUCCUGUCAUCUGUCGGUCUGCCAACUGAGAGCAUCUCCAUCCUGCUAGCGGUGGACUGGUUCCUGGGUCGACUGCGCACAAUCGCAAACAUCACAGGAGACUGCUUGACGGCCGCCGUGUUGGAUCACUUCUUUCCACAAGCUGACGUUGACGUUGAGAUGCGGCCAGAAAGGCCCCUUUGUACCUCUGAGGAUGAAAAUCACAUGGCUGAACUUGUAUAAUAUGUCCAUCGUGCUUCCUGUGUAUUGCGUUAUAAAUUAUGAUUGUACCUGUAACAAUGAGUAUGGUUUCACCGUGAUGAUUGUACCUGUAACAGUGAGUAUGGUUUCACCGUGAUGAUUGUACCUGUAGCAAUGAGUAUGGUUUCACCGUGAUGAUUUUACCUGUAGCAAUGAGUAUGGUUUCACCGUGAUGAUUGUACCUGUAACAAUGAGUAUGCUUUCACCGUGAUGAUUGUACCUGUAACAAUGAGUAUGGUUUCACCGUGAUGAUUGUACCUAUAACAAUGAGGAUAGUUUCACCGUGAUGAUUGUACCUGUAACAAUGAGUAUGGUUUCACCGUGAUGAUUGUACCUAUAACAAUGAGGAUAGUUUCACCGUGAUGAUUGUACCUGUAACAGUGAGUAUGGUUUCACCGUGAUGAUUGUACCUGUAACAGUGAGUAUGGUUUCACCGUGAUGAUUGUACCUGUAACAGUGAGUAUGGUUUCACCGUGUUGAUUGUACCUGUAACAGUGAGUAUGGUUUCACCGUGAUGAUUGUACCUGUAACAAUGAGUAUGGUUUCACCGUGAUGAUUGUACCUGUUACAAUGAGUAUGGUUUCACCGUGAUGAUUGUACCUGUAACAAUGAGUAAGAUUUCACCGUGAUGAUUGUACCUGUAACAAUGAGUAAGAUUUCACCGUGAUGAUUGUACCUGUAACAAUGAGUAUGGUUUCGGCGUGAUGAUUGUACCUGUAACAAUGAAUGUGGUUUCGGCGUGAUGAUUGUACCUGUAACAGUGAGUAUGGUUUCACCGUGAUGAUUGUACCUGUAACAGUGAGUAUGGUUUUACCGUGAUGACUCUACAUGUAACAAUGAGUAUGGUAUGGUUUC